AUGGAUAGAAAUUUCGCCAGUCCAACAUUUCCAAAGGCGAUUAAGCCGGCAAAAAGUCGACGACGUGAAUUAACCGAAGAAGAAAAUGAUGAACUCAGAGAAGCGUUCGAAUUAUUCGACAAUGAUAAAGAUAAUGAACUUGAUUAUCACGAAUUUAAAGUAGCGCUUCGAGCAUUAGGUUUUGAUGUUCAUAAAGCAGAAGCACAGAAAUUAAUGCGAGAUUAUGAUCGUCAGGGUAAAAACAAAAUCACUUUUCAAGAUUUUCAUGAAGUUGCUUCGGAAAUGAUGUUUCAACGUGAUUCACGUGAUGAAAUACUCAAGGCGUUCAAGCUAUUCGACGACGAUGAGGCAGGAAAGAUUUCAUUGAAGAAAUUACGUCGUGUUGCACGAGAACUCGGGGAUAAUAUUAACGAAAAUGAACUGAAAGCGAUGAUCGACGAAUUCGAUUUAGAUGGCGAUGGUGAAAUUAAUUUUGACGAAUUUCUGGCUAUGCUCAAUUCAGACUGA